AUGGAUUAUCAGUUUCCGAGAAAGCAAUUAGCGAUAUCGAAUUCGACGAAAGACAAGGUGGAGGCAUGCAAAAGAUAUAUAGAGAGAAAAUAUACAGAUCUAUUGAAAGCGGAGAUGGAGAGGAGGGAAGAUUGGGCCAAAUUAUGGGUCAAAAUGAAAGAUAUGCAAUUGAAGGGUAAGUUUAUGAGGAUUAAUUUAACUUAGCUCAGGAUUAAGAGUAUUAUAAAUAAUUGGUUUUGAAGAAGGAAGCAGAACUGAUGAGAAAAAAGUAAUUAAUAAUUUUGAAUAUCUAUUCAUUAGAAGAUAGAAGUUUUGCACUGAUGAUUUUGAGCCAAUAGCUAUAAUUGGAAGAGGAGCUUUUGGAGAAGUGAGAGUUUGCAGAAUAAAAAAGACAAAAGAGAUUGUGGCAGUCAAAAAAAUGAAGAAGUGCGAAAUGUUAGCCAAAAAUCAAUUAGCACACAUAAGAGCAGAGAGAGACAUCUUGAGUCAAGAGAAUCCUUGGGUAGUCGAAUUAAAAUGUAGUUUUCAAGUAUCCAGUGCUAAUUAUAUAUUGAGGAUGACAAAUAUCUCUAUUUAGUGAUGGAAUAUAUGGCAGGUGGAGAUCUAAUGACUUUGUUGAUGAAAAAAGAUAUACUAACAGAAGAUGAAGCCAAGUUCUAUAUUGCAGAAUUAGUUUUAGCCGUUGAUUCUAUCCAUAAAAUGAAUUAUAUCCAUAGGGAUCUCAAACCGGAUAAUAUUUUGAUUGAUAGAAAAGGACAUCUAAAGUUAUCUGACUUUGGUCUAUGCAAGUAAACCAAUAUAUUUAAUCUAAGGUAUUCAGAAAUCAAACCCAAGGUUGAGUUGGGCAGAAAAAUCCAGAAUUAAAAUGUGGCCCCAACUCCCAUACUCAACAAAAUGUAGAAGAGAAGACAACUAGCUUUAUCAACAGUUGGUACUCCUGAUUAUAUUGCCCCGGAAGUCUUUACUUAACAAGGAUACACUGAGACAGUGGAUUGGUGGAGUGUAGGAGUAAUGCUAUAUGAAAUGGUUGUUGGAUAUCCUCCAUUUUUCUCUGAUGAUCCUUAAACAACUUGUCAAAAAAUCUUACAUUGGCAAUCCACAUUCCAAAUCCCAUAAGAUAUGAGUCUGUCACCCUAAUGCAUUGAUUUGAUUAGAAGAUUAGUGGCUGACCAUACCGAGAGGCUGGGUAUCAACGGAGUGAGUGAAAUUAAAAUUCAUCCAUUCUUUCAGGGAGUAGAUUGGAAAAGAAUAAGGGAAAAGAUCACUCCUUAUCAACCUUAAGUGAAUCAUGAAAUAGAUACUUAAAAUUUUGAGUAAUUCGAAGAGGAAGAACCUUGGAAUUGGAAUUCUAGUAGGAGAGUCAAGAAAGAUCAUUUUCAAGGAUAUUCUUUUAAUAGAUAAGUUUAAAAAGAACAAAGCCCAGUGAGAGUUGCUUUAGAGAACAUUGAUAAAGUUGAAUUCCCAAAACGAUAAUAACCAACCUAAUAACCACAGAGUUAAAUUUAGUAGCCAGGUAGUCCAUCUCACAGGAAGGUUAUUGCUAAACCUGUUGCUUAUGCUUAUAAUAAAUCUGCUCGUUCGAAUUCCCCUGUAAAUAAGAAUCAAUAACAAUAAAGCUCUCUAAAAACUAUUCCUUAACAACAAACAUUAUUAAAUAUUUUAUCUUAAUAUAAAAGAAAUUCUAAUAAUAAUAACAAUAACAAUUCUAAUAAUAAUUCAGCCUUGAAUUAUUCAAGUUCCAGAUUGCCCAAUCUCAAAAGUGUUCGAGAACAAAGUCCUAGAUCACCAAGAAAUGCAUAAAAAUAUUAUUAUUAAUGA